UGACCCAGCUUUGUCCUGCGCGAGCCACCGUCCCGGCAAGAUGGCGGCGGCGGAGUCGAGUGACAGCGACGAGGAGGAUUUGGUGAGCUACGGGACGGCGCUGCAGCCCCUGCAGGAGGGUGAACGACUUAAAAAGCCAAUUCCUCUUCAAGAGCAGACUGUUAAAGAUGCAAAGGGACGAUAUCAGCGUUUUCAUGGCGCGUUUACUGGUGGUUUCUCUGCUGGUUACUUUAACACUGUUGGCACAAAGGAAGGAUGGACUCCUUCAGCUUUUGUAUCGUCACGGCAGAAGAGAGCAGACAGAACCAUUCUUGGACCAGAAGACUUCAUGGAUGAAGAGGAUCUUAGUGAAUUUGGGAUAGCACCAAAGGAUAUUACAACCACAGAUGAUUUUGCAUCCAAAGCUAAAGACAGAAUAAAAGAGAAAGCCAGACAGAUUGCAGGAGUAGUUGCUGCCAUUCCAGGAACCACUGCAUUUGAUGAUUUAAUAGGACCAUCAAAAAUAACAAUUGGGGUUGAACUGUUACGAAAAAUGGGCUGGAAAGAAGGACAAGGCAUUGGACCGCGAGUCAAAAGAAAGCCAUGCAGGCAGAAACCUGACCCUGCAGUGAAAGUAUAUGGUUGUGCAUUACCACCUGGACUGUCUGAGGGUUCUGAGGAUGAAGAGGAUGAAUACCAGCCCGAGAGUGUUACAUUUGCACCAAAAGAUGUAAUGCCUGUAGAUUUGACUCCAAAAGAGAAUGUCCAUGGACUUGGCUAUAAGGGUUUGGACCCAUCACAAGCUUUAUUUGGUGUAUCUGGAAGAGAACACCUGAAUCUUUUCACAGGUGGUUCUGAAGACACAAGCAGUUUACUUGGUGAUCUGAGACACAGUAAAGGAAGAAAACUAGGUAUUACGGGUCAGGCUUUUGGUGUAGGAGCUUUAGAGGAGGAGGACGAUGAUAUUUAUGCAACUGAAACACUGUCAAAAUAUGAUACAGUUCUAAAAGAUGAGGAACCUGGUGAUGGCUUGUAUGGCUGGACAGCACCUAAGCAGUAUAAAUCAAAAAAAAGGUCUGAAAGAGAAGUUAAAUAUAUAGGCAAAAUCUUGGAUGGUUUUUCCUUGGCAUCAAAAUCAUCAGCUCCGAGCAAGACUUAUCCACCACCUGACCUGCCACGAAAUUACAGACCAGUCCAUUACUUUCGACCUGUGAUAGCAGCUGGGAAUGAAAACUACCAUUUACGGAAGGCAUUGGAGGAAUCCACUGGAAAACUUGAGAAUGAUAUGACACAACAAAGCAGGCAUGCUUUGAAUGCAUCUCAGAGGAGGGAGCAAUUAGGAGAGACUGGUCUAAAAGGUCCGGCUCCUUCUGUUUUGGAAUAUCUGUCUGAGAAAGAUAGAGAAAGACUCAAGGAAGUGAAACAAGCAUCUGAGCAACAAAUGAAAGCAAAAAUAUUGCCUCAGCCUUCACAAAAUAGCAGAUUCCAGCCAGCCUCCCCAGAUGAUGCUUCUCACAAAUGGCGCAUGUUGUUGGGGGGGCAGUUAGCAAAUGCUGGUUCUAGUGACUUCAAACCGUUUGCAAGAAAUCCAGAAAAACAAAAAAGAUACGAAAACUUUGUGAGAAGUCUUAAGCAAGGAGAAAAAGAUACAUUAGAGCAUUAUUCAGACCCAAGCAUGACAGAAUGGGAGCGAGGAAGAGAACAAGAGGAGUUCUUCCGUGCAGCAAUGUUCUACAAAUCCUCAAAUUCAACACUGUCAUCCAGGUUUACCCGGGCCAAAUAUGAAGAUGAUGUUGACAAAGUUGAAGUUCCUCGGGACCAAGAGAAUGAUAUUGAUGAUAAGGAAACUGCUGUGAAGAUGAAGAUGUUUGGCAAACUCACAAGAGACAAGUUUGAAUGGCAUCCUGAAAAGCUGUUGUGCAGAAGAUUUAAUGUUCCUGAUCCAUAUCCUGAUUCUUCCAUUGUUGGGUUACCAAAAGUGAAACGAGACAAGUACUCUGUGUUUAAUUUCUUAACUGUGCCUGAGCCCACCGCAUCUGUAACUCAAGCAACAAACGAAAAAGUCCAACAGGGUAACAGUCUCAACAAACCAAAGAAAGCUUCAAGAUGGGAUAUGUCAGAUAAAGAGAAGGAGAAAAAGGAUUCUAUCAGUGAAUUCAUUAGUCUUGCUAGAUCAAAAGCUGAUGUUCAGCAGCAGCCACCAGUACCAGCAAUGGAGGGAUGUGGAACUGGGCUGAAUGAAACUCUUCCCACGGAGGUAGCUAAUGAAGACAAUGAUCAGGAAGAAGAAAGCAGACCAUCCAUGGACUUGUUUAAGGCAAUCUUUGUGAGUUCCUCAGAUGAAAAAUCAUCUUCCUCUGAAGAAGAGAGCGAUGAAGAACAGCAACCAACUACUUCGGUAACAGAUUCAGAAACCACCAAGCAAGUUGAUCUACCAGACAGAUCUUCAUCUAAUGUACAAGAGAAUGUGGCUGCUACAACUGAUCCCAGCGUUUCUUUGUUGCCUGCUUCAAAGAAGGAACUGGAUGCAACAGAGGAAUUUGGACCAAAGUUGCCUCCAACUUUUUCUUCUGGCUUUACUUGGCAACAAGAACCAGUGGUGCCAGCAAGUUUUCCUGGGCCUAGCAGGAAAGAAAAACAUAGAAAGCAUAGAGAGAAACACAAGACUAAAAGAGAACAGAAACACAAAAAGGAAAAGAAAAAGAAACAUAAGAAACAGAAAACAAAACGAAAGCACAAGAAUAAAAAAUCAGAAAAAGACAGCAGCUCAGACACUGAAGAUAGCAGUGACAGCCUUAGUGAUAUAGGUACCACAGGCUUGUCACCCAAAGAACUUCUAAGAAGAUUAAAAGAACUUCAGUAUUGAAGAGGUAGCUUGCUUUCUUCAGUGCUGCGUGACUUUGAUCUCAAAUUUUUGAUCUCCUCCAUGAUGGUAGAUCAAUCAUGUAUGCUUUGAAGCACUGUAGAUACUGUAUUCAAGUUGAAUUUGUUUGAAAGUAAAUGUGCAUAUGUUUAUUUUGUGAUGCUUCAUAUGUUCAAAAUGUAUAGAUUAUGGAAUGUUGAAAUUACUCCUUUUGGGGCAGCAUAAUCUGAAAUACUGCAGGCCCUGUUUUAAUUAACAUGAAACAAGAUAUUUUAAUAAACUAAAGAUUAAAAAUCA